AUGGGUUUAUCGCAGACGAAGCAGGUCGAAAACAAUGAUAAACCAACGAACCUUGUUAGGACCAACGAGGUUCAAGAAAUUGAUGACCCUAGAACUCACGAUGAGGAGAAAAUAGUGAGUUAACUUGAUAAAAUGCUGAGUUUGAAACACAAAGAAUAGUAUUUUCAGAAGAAAACAGUUGAUAAAAAGCCGGAUCGCUCGAGGCACAAUCUACGUCUUCAAAAAAAACCAGCCAGGAAGAAUCCGAUUGAUCAAGGCGUGCCAAGAACCGCGAUUUCUGUUCGAGCCAAACAGGUCAACCAGUUCUAGCACGUUCAAAAAGAAAUACGUGUUUCUUUCAGAAAGUGUACAAGUGCCCGAUGUGCAGCAAAAGAAGCGGAUGUGGCACACUGAUGUGCAGACAGUGUCACAACUGGGUUCACAUGCGCUGUGCCCGUCAAUCCAUGAAGAACAUGCCUGAUUUCUUUGUGUGUAACAAGUGCAAUCCUCAAUCUCCUGAAAAAUAAUAGUAUUCUGAAGGUGAGUCGGAUGAAUUUGUUUUGACCUGUACCGAAACCUGAAAUGUUUUCAGAGUUUUCGCAUUGCAUCGAACAGUUUGACUUCCGCCAAAGAACACUCCUCCUUCUUCAUGUUUUUUUCUCAACGCAAAAUUCUAACUGUAUCUAA